CUUUUUAAAGCCGAACAGGAAAACUGUCCAAUGAUACAACCACUAAAAAAACCAAUACGAAAUCAUCAAAUGAAUAUUUCACCAAUUCAUAUUGCUUCAUUUCAAUGCUUUCAGGCAAACGAAGAGUGCAAUGUGGUAACGUUAGGAAUCGGUAAAGAUAUUGCUGCCGAGGAACAACUGGCUAAGGUGAUCUCAAAGAACUGUCAUUUCCAUGGUGCAGAUCCAGGCGAAGCGGACAACAAACAACUUUACUCGAAAAUCGGAAAAUACUAUCCAUUUGCAGUUGCUGCAACUAGUGGUGUGCAAAAGUUCGAUAUGGCACCAAUGUUUUUGCCAGGUGGCGCCAUUGAUAAAAAUGGCAUAACUGUGUGUCAGUGGAAUUGUGAGUUUCAUGCGGGUAAUCAUGAGACGCACAAGAAGUUUGUUGACUUCAUGAGGGAGAACAUCAUUUCUGGAUGGUCAGAUAUUCAGCAAUUACUGCAAUCAUUAUUUUCAUUUCUUUAUUUUCUUUAUUAUUACCAUUAA